ACCAUGGAUUACGAUGAGGAUGAUUUAGACUAUCCAUCAGAAGAAGACUACGAAUUCCACGAAGACAACUUGUCGAAUGAAGACUAUGAGAAGUUGCACAAGUAUCUUCCCCAGCUCAAGGACAUCAUGAGUGAAUAUGACGCGGAUGAAUACGACUUGAAAGAGAGUUUGUAUUUCAAUUAUUUCGAUGUAUCUGCUAGUGUACAAGAAUUGAAGUCUAAAUUCAAAAAGAGUAUGUAUAACUUGUUUUUACUUUCUCGUUUAGAGUAA